AUGAAUACAAAACAAAAGGAAAGUCUUUCAUUCUUAAAUAAUUACAUGUACUUUGAUAAUCAGGUUAAUCCUAAAAUUCAAAAGGAAGCAUUAAAUAAAAACUAUCAAUUUGAAGCUUCACCAAAAAAAAAGGAAUACAUGAAAUCGUAUUAAGGAAUAAAUUAUCACAGUUUAUUAGAACUUAAGUAAACACCUUUAGUUAAACUGUAAGAAUUACCUAAUUAUGAACCAACGAAAUGUUCAUCUGUUUAAAAUGGAUAAGUUAAGGCUUAUGCAGCGAAUACACAUUAAGGAUUAAUAAGAAAUUAUAAUGAGGAUAGAGUUUCAAUUAUUUUGAAUAUACUGAAACCUCAGACCAGAAUAAAUGAAAAUUGGCCAAAGUGCUCAUUCUUUGGAGUUUACGAUGGUCAUGGAGGCUAAGGAUGCGUCAACUUUUUAAGAGAUAAUUUACAUUAAUACAUAUCUAAAUAAAAAGAAUUUCCUUGGAAUCCAUUAGUUGCAAUCAAGAAAGGCUUCGAAGCUGCUGAAAAAGACUUUCUAUCCUUUGCUCUUCAAUAAUACAGCAAGAAUUAAGCAGAAAAAAGUGGAUCUUGUGCAAUCAUUAGUCUUAUUGUAGGGGACUACUGUUAUGUUGCAAACGUUGGUGACUGUAGAGCUAUCUUGAGUUCUGAUAAAGGGAAGAAGUAUUUUGAUUUAUCAAUUGAUCAUAAGCCGUAGAAUGAGUCUGCAAGAAUUCAAUAAGGAGGAGGAUAAAUCUAUUAAACCAGUAUAACGAAUGAUAAAGGCAUUGUAAUUCAAGGACCAUUGAGAGUAUUUCCUGGUAGGUUAUCUGUUUCUAGAGCGUUUGGAGACAUUGAGGCAAAAAAUGAGCAAUUUGGAGGAAAGCCUAAUGUAGUUAUAGCUUAACCAGAUAUAAAAAUAUUUCGUAUAACUAAUUAACAUGAUUUCAUGGUGUUAGGAUGUGAUGGAAUUUUUGAUAAAAUGAAUUCUUAAGAGGUUAUAGAUGAAAUUUGGAGUGAUUUGAAAAAAAACAAAGAUAACUAAAAUCUUCAUGCUUAAAUAUCUUCAGCAGUUGACGCUGUAAUAAAAGAGGUUGUCAUCAGAAAGAGCGGUGACAACAUAACUUUACUGAUUGUUGCAUUUAAUGAACUUAUUUAACACCAAUAACAAUAUGCCUAUAACAAAUCUAGCUCUAUUUCCAGCCAUAUUGAAUUGUUAUAAUCAUAUUUAAAGAAGGAACAAGACAAUGCUGAAAAUAGUAGAGAAAUUAAUUACAAAAAAAUUAAUUAUUUUAAUCCAUCCUAAUAGUUGGGAAGUAGAGUAUAGACAUAAGACUACCAUUAAUAAGUUAAAUAAGACGUAAGUUUUUAUAAAGUAAGAUCAAGUUUCAAUAUGUGA